AUUAAUUUCCCACCCCGGAGUGUUAGGGUUUUAAGAAUUUCUUUCUUUUUCCUCCCCCACUGCUAGCCAGUCGUCUCCUUUUACAAAACGCUUCAAAGAGACAUCGGAACCCAACUUCAUCCUUCUAAACCAGGUGAUGGCAUUGUUAUUUAAAGCUCCUUGCACCGCCAUUUCUUACCUGGAGAAGACACAGAUUUUCAAGAAACAGUGUUUUGGUUUUGAUAAUGUUAAUAAUUCUAAUAAUAAUGUUGUCUUCUCAAGGCCAAGAUGUUUGGUUCCUGCAGUUUUGUCAAUGUCUUCAACUACCAAGCCAAUUCAAGAAUUGGAAACACCCGGUUCAAAAAGCUUCAAUAUUCCCAUCAUGGUAAAUGGCUGUAGUGGAAAGAUGGGCAAGGCCGUUAUAAAGGCAGCAGAUACUAUAGGACUUCAGUUGGUUCCUGUAUCAUUUGGCUCGGAAGAGGAAUCUGGGAAAACAUUAGAAGUAUGUGGCAAGGAGAUUCUGGUGCACGGUCCUUCUGACAGGGAAAGUGUUCUUGCUUCUGUUUUUGAUAAAUAUCCAAACAUGAUCGUGGUGGACUACACUGUGCCAAGUGCAGUGAAUGAUAAUGCAGAGCUUUACUGCAAAGUUGGAGUGCCCUUUGUUAUGGGAACCACAGGAGGGGAUAGGGAUAAAUUGUAUAAGACUGUAGAAAACUCAAGAGUCUAUGCUGUGAUCUCCCCGCAAAUGGGAAAGCAGGUUGUUGCAUUCCUUGCAGCUAUGGAAAUAAUGGCUGAGCAAUUUCCUGGAGCCUUUUCUGGGUAUUCACUUCAGGUAUUGGAGUCCCAUCAAACAAGUAAAGUGGACACAUCUGGAACUGCCAAAGCUGUUAUAUCAUGCUUUCAGAAAUUGGGGGUCUCUUUUGAUAUGGAUCAGAUACAAAUGAUCCGGGAUCCCAAGCAACAAAUUGAGAUGGUGGGAGUUCCAGAGGAGCAUUUGGCUGGGCAUGCUUUCCAUAUGUAUCACCUCACUUCACCUGACAAAACAGUUUCUUUCGAGUUUCAACAUAAUGUUUGUGGUAGAUCAAUUUACGCUGAGGGUACUAUUGAUGCUGUAAUUUUCCUUUCUAAGAAGGUUCAGUCGCAGGCUGACAAGCGGAUUUACAAUAUGAUAGAUGUCUUGCGGGAGGGAAACAUGCGAUAGAAAUUUGUUUUUUCAUGCCAAGCUUGGUUUGUAUUAGUAUAUAAUUCAGUUCAAGAUGACGCCUAAAGGUUUUGCCCUUGAUAGUGCAUUUUAUAAUUAUUGUUGUUAUAUUAUAUUAGCAUAUCAAGUGGCAUGAAAUUGUUUUAGAGAUUUAUCGGAUUUAUGUGAUUCUUGGUCACAUCAUAGUCAAUAGGGAAACCCUGAGACAAGAAAGCUUGAAUAGUCAUUACAUAUUGUGACGGGGGGACUUGUUAGGGGCACAUCCUCAAUUUAUAGAAUUGGCCGUUUACAAAAGGCAAAGAAAAUGACAAUCAAGCAGUAUCAUGAAU